GACACAAUGUGGUUAGUUCGUUGAAAUGUUUUUGCAAAUAAAGUUUUUUUAGUAACGCGCAAAGUAAUAAAUAAUAUUUUUAAGAUAAAUAUAUUAAAUAUUAACUAAAAAGUUUAUAAAAAAACAAAUAAACAUUUGCUAAAGCAACACAACUCAAAAUAAAAGCAAUUAAAUAAAAAAUUAACACAAAUAAAUUAAAAGGUACACUAACGAAAAUUAGAAAAAAAAACCUAAAAAAUCUAUUCCCUAAUAAAACAAAAACUUAAAUAAUAAAAAAAUAAGCACUAUGAAGUACAUAUUAGUUACCGGUGGUGUUAUUAGUGGUGUUGGUAAAGGUGUUAUUGCCUCCUCAUUUGGUACUUUAUUAAAAUCCUGUGGUCUAGAUGUUACUUCCAUUAAAAUAGAUCCUUAUAUCAACAUAGAUGCCGGCACAUUUUCACCCUAUGAACAUGGUGAAGUCUAUGUGUUAGAUGAUGGCGGUGAAGUCGAUUUGGAUUUGGGCAACUAUGAACGUUUUUUGGAUGUUACUCUUCAUCGUGAUAAUAACAUUACCACGGGUAAAAUCUAUCAAUUGGUUAUAGAAAAAGAACGUAAAGGAGAAUAUUUGGGUAAAACUGUGCAAGUGGUUCCCCACAUAACGGAUGCUAUCCAAGAAUGGGUAGAACGUGUGGCCCAGACGCCCGUACGUGGUAAUUCCAAACCCCAGGUGUGUAUUGUCGAACUGGGUGGCACCAUUGGUGAUAUUGAGGGUAUGCCUUUCGUUGAAGCUUUCCGUCAAUUUCAAUUUCGUGUUAAACGUGAAAAUUUCUGUGUGGCUCAUGUUUCAUUGGUACCCUCACCCUCCUCGACGGGAGAGCCCAAAACUAAACCCACACAAAGUUCUGUGCGUGAAUUAAGAGGUUUUGGUUUAAGUCCCGAUUUAAUAGUUUGUCGUUCGGAAAAACCCAUUGGUUUAGAGGUUAAAGAGAAAAUCAGUAAUUUCUGUCAUGUGGCCCCAGAUCAGGUGAUUUGUAUACAUGAUUUGAGUUCGAUUUAUCAUGUACCCUUGUUAAUGGAACAGACAGGAGUUAUAGAGUUUUUGAAUGAACGUUUGCAAUUGAAUAUUUUGCCCAGCAAAAGGGAAAAAUGCUUACAACAAUGGAAAGAUUUGGCUAGACGUUCGGAGACAUUACGCAAGAAUGUGACCAUUGCUUUGGUGGGUAAAUACACCAAAUUCAAGGAUUCCUAUGCAUCUGUGAUGAAGGCUUUGCAACAUGCUGCCCUGGCGGCUGGUUAUAAUCUUAAUAUAAAUUUCAUUGAUUCUACUUUAUUGGAAAAAGAAACCCUACAAGAGGCUCCUUCCAAAUACCACAGAGAAUGGCAAAUGUUGUGUGAAAGUGAUGGUGUUUUAGUGCCAGGCGGUUUUGGUUCUAGAGGCAUUGAGGGCAAGAUUAAGGCUUGCCAAUGGUGUCGCGAGAAUCGCAAACCUUUCUUGGGUAUUUGCUUGGGUUUGCAGGCUGCUGUUAUAGAAUUUGCCCGUAAUGUUUUGGGUCUUAAAGAUGCUCAUACCACAGAGAUAGAUCCCAAAACAUCGAAUGCUUUGGUCAUUGAUAUGCCUGAACAUCAUACCGGACAAAUGGGUGGCACUAUGCGUUUGGGUAAACGCACCACCAUCUUUGCGGAUGAACCUAGUAUCAUAAGACAAUUAUAUGGUAAUCCCAAAACUGUAGAUGAACGUCACAGACAUCGUUAUGAGGUCAAUCCCAAAUAUGUGCCACAACUGGAAGAGCAUGGCAUGCGUUUUGUGGGUUGUGAUGAUACUAAAACACGUAUGGAAGUUAUAGAAUUAAGAGAUCAUCCCUACUAUGUGGGCACCCAAUACCAUCCUGAGUAUUUGUCCCGUCCUCUCAAACCCUCACCACCAUUCCUGGGUUUAAUUUUAGCCUCCGUGGGUCGCCUACCCAAUUAUAUAGCCAGAGGCUGUCGUCUAUCGCCUCGCCAAAUGUCCGAUGUAUCCUCCGAUGAAGAGGAUAUGUUGGUAUCCGAUGCGCUUAAACAUUUAAAAUUGAAUGGUAAUGCUAACUUAACCCCUAAUGGUAAAACUUUGUUAUUAAAUGGUAGUGCUUCAGCCUCAGAUUCUGAAGCUACUCCUGCUCCAGUAAAUGGUUCGGCUUAAAUUGCAUGCAAAUAACUAUUGCAUAUAAAGUUUAUACAUAUAUUUUUUGAAUAUUUAAUAUUAAAUAACGAAAUUUCAAGUCUUCUUAACUUGUAUUUUUACUAUUAUAAAGAAAACACAAUUUUUUGUCUAGCCUGUAAGUCCAAAUAAGAAAAAAAAAAACUUUAAAUGAAAUAAAA